CACCAAAGCUUUCCCAGUGUGAGGUUGGUGAUCCCAGAAAAAUCAAAGGAAGCAAAAAAACUUCCAAAGGAACUGAGAACUCCAUUGCUGGGAGAUUUCCUAUCAUCAAAAAGGAAAAAAAUCCUUCAGAGAAUCUUUCAGGGAUGCUGUUUUCAUUAUCUCUUCCCCCCAACAAUGUGUUCCCAGGAGCAGCAAUUCCUCCACAGAGCUGCAAAUUCCAUGGAACAGCUUUCCCUGCUGGGAGAAUUCCAUCUGAUUUUCCAAACUCUUCCUCCCCAAGGCCCCUCUGGACACCCUCCCUCCUCCCUGAGUUUGUUUAUAAGCUUUGAAUCCCAUUAGGAAACCAUCUCCCUCCUUCAGCGCUGCUUUAUCCAAGUUUCCAUAUUUAGUUCUUUCAGCUAUUCCUGUUCCUGGACCAGCUUUCCUGCCGGGACCUGCUGCAUCCCAGUUUUUCCCUCCUUACCACGGGGACAAUCAUCCACAUCCUCCCUGCACUGCUGGAUGCUCUCACUCACCGACCCAGCCCGAUCCCAAAUCUCAAAUCCCAGCGCUGGGAUUGGGGUCGGUGCUGCCCAUGGCACGGGGAGCUGGGAAUUGCGGGAUUUUAGGGAGGGACAGAGUUAAAGGCGGGGAAGGAGGGUUUCCUCCUGGCACGUGGCUCCAUGUCAGCCGGCAGAGGCAUCGCAGGGAAAGCGCCGGAGGAAUUCACCGGGAGCGGGGAGACGCUGCUCGCAGGGAAAUCGGUGUUUGGAUCCCGGCAGCCAAGCUGAUCCCGGGCGGCGGCGCCGGUGCCCGGCGGGCGCUCUGACCAUGUUCCCCGGGGAUGGCAGCUCCUCAUCCGGCAGGAAUGUGGUGCGCAGCUCCAGCAUCAGCGGCGAGAUGUACAACCUGGAGAAGAGCGCGCGCGGCAGCGCCGACUCCGUCACCGUCACCGCCAGCAAGAAGCGACGCUCCAGCCUGGGCGCCAAGAUGGUGGCGAUCGUGGGGUUGUCCCAGUGGAGCAAGAGCACCCUGCAGCUCAACCAGACCGAGGGCGGCCCCAAGAAGCUGCGCAGCACCAUCCGCAGGAGCACCGAGACCGGCAUCGCCGUGGAGAUGCGCACCAGGGUGACCCGCCAGGGCAGCCGCGACUCCACCGACGGCAGCACCAACAGCAACAGCUCCGACGGCACGUUCAUCUUCCCCACCACGCGGCUGGGAGCCGAGAGCCAGUUCAGCGAUUUCCUGGACGGGCUGGGGCCGGGGCAGCUCGUGGGGAGACAAACGUUGGCGACACCCCCGAUGGGUGACGUCCACGUGGGCAUGGCUGAGCGCAACGGGCAGCUGGAGGUGGACGUGAUCCAGGCCAGGGGACUCAUCCCGAAGAUGGGCUCCAAGUGCAUCCCUGCCACCUAUGUGAAGGUUUACCUGCUGGAGAACGGCGUCUGCCUGGCCAAGAAGAAAACCAAGGUGGUGAAGAAAACCUGCGACCCCUCGUACCAGCAGCCCCUGCUCUUCGAGGAGAGCCCCCAGGGCAAAGUCCUGCAGGUGAUCGUGUGGGGCGAUUACGGGCGCAUGGACCACAAGUGCUUCAUGGGCAUGGCCCAGAUCAUCCUGGAGGAGCUGGAUCUGUCCAGCCCCGUCUCGGGCUGGUACAAACUCUUCCCCACCUCGUCCCUGGCCGACUCCAGCAUCGGACCCCUGACCCGCCGCCUCUCCCAGUCCUCCCUGGAGAGCUCCACCAGCCCCUCCUGCCCCUAGGGGCAAGGAGACACGAGGAGAUCUUGCAGAACUGGUUGUGGAGAGCUGUAAAUAGAUUUUAUUUUUUUUUUUCCUUUUUUUUUUUAAAUUUUCAAUCUCCUUCCCCACCCCUGCCAAAAAAAAAAAAAAAAAAAAUCUGCCCUGGAUGCUCCUCCCCAGGAAGGGAGAGGGGGAAGGAGAGGCAGAAAUUCCCUCUGAGGGCUGCCAAGAUCUCAGACUGUUCCCAGAUCUACCCCCAGCUCCUCUCAGCCUGGCUGAGGAUGAGCAAAAAGGGGAGAACCCUGCCGAACUCAGAACAAAUCCAACUCAGCACUGGUUUUUUUUUGUUUUCCAAGGAAUGUAGCAUCUUCUCUUAUGUAGCUUUGCCACGUGCUAACAACACUCACUGCAAUACCCAAGAGAACUCCGGAUGGACCGGGAACAUCUGCCACUCUCAUCCCUUUGGUCGCUUCCCAGCACUUUUGGUGGCCAUUUCCCUGCCUUUUUUUUUUUCUUUUUUCCCCCCAAAUUUUUAUUUUUUUAAUGGUUUUCCCGGGAGCAUGUAGCCUGUGACCAUUGCCAAAGCAAGAGGGGACAGGGGAAGGGGAGCUUGCCGGGCUUCUCCUCGUGUCUCAGCGCCAAAACCAGACCCAAAACUCUGGGAAUGCCUCGUGGGAGGCAGGAAAAGGAGAGGGAACAGCAGGAUCCUGCCUCCCAGCCCUUCCUUCCCAGCUGGAGAGCCCUCCUGAGGUCUGGAAUGUUCUUCUUGGAGAUGGAAUGUUCUCCUCGAGGUCUGGAAUGUUCUCCUUGGAGAUGGAAUGCUCUUCUCGAGGGUGUGGAAUGUUCUCCUUGGAGAUGGAAUGCUCUCCUCGAGGUCUGGAAUGUUCUCCUUGGAGUUGGGAUGUCCUCGAGGUCUGGAAUGUUCUUCUCAGAUCUCAGAUGUCCUCCUCGAGGUGUGGAAUGUUCUCUUUGGAGAUGGAAUGCUCUCCUCGAGGUCUGGAAUGUUCUCCUUGGAGCUGGGAUGUCCUCGAGGUCUGCCUGUCCCUCCUUGGGGUCUGGGAGCCCUGCUCAGGGUUGGGAUGCUCUCCUUGAGGUUGGGAUUCCCUCCUCAGGAGCUGGGAUGCCCUUCCUGGGGUCUGGGAUGUCCUCCUUGGAGCAGGAGCUGUCCUUAAAGGCUGGGGUUCCCUCCUCAGGGGUUGGGGUUCCCUCCUCAGGGGUUGGGGUUCCCUCCCUGAGGGCUGGGAUCUCCUUCCCAAGAUCUUGGAUCCCCUCCUAGGAGCUGGGAUCUCCUAAUCCAGACCAGGCUGUCCUCCUCAAGGUGUGGGAUUCCUUUCCUGAGCUCCGGGAUUCCCUUUUUGGGCUCUGGGAUU